UAUAUAUAGAGACCCUAUCCCAGCACACCAGUACCCCUUGAAGAAGUCAUCAGGACGAAACGUGUUGGGCUCUCCCUCUGUGACCCUCUACCUAAAACAGCUCUUCUAUACAUGCUGCUUUGUUUACAUGCAGGAGUGUCACAUCGGGUUUCUAUGGUGACGGGCUUCACUGACGUGCACCGCGCAAUACGCGAUGACGUCAUCACUUAGCGCCGCAGCGGCUGAGCGGGUCCCCGCCGAACGGGCGUUGCACACACCACUCUGGUGAGAGGGAUAUAAGGAGUGUCACAUCGGGUUUCUAUGGUGACUGGCUUCACUGACGUGCACCGCGCAAUACGCGAUGACGUCAUCACUUAGCGCCGCAGCGGCUGAGCGGGUCCCCGCCGAACGGGCGUUGCACACACCACUCUGGUGAGAGGGAUAUAAGGGCCUGGUUUGCACGCUGUGAGUGUACUGGUGAUGAAUGAAGUUUUUCUGUCUCGUGCGAGAAGGUGCUCUUUUGGACUUUGCAAAGUGUUAUUUUUCAGGAGAAGUAAUCCAUAUUUAUUUUCGGACCAACUUAUUGUUUAUUUUUUGGCCCAGUUUCUUUCACUAAUCAAGUGUGUUAUUUUGAGGAGCAGGUGUUAUUUUUCAGGAGAAGUAAUCCAUAUUUAUUUUCGGACCAACUUAUUGUUUAUUUUUUGGCCCAGUUUCUUUCACUAAUCAAGUGUGUUAUUUUGAGGAGCAGGUGUUAUUUUUCAGGAGAAGUAAUCCAUAUUUAUUUUCGGACCAACUUAUUGUUUAUUUUUUGGCCCAGUUUCUUUCACUAAUCAAGUGUGUUAUUUUGAGGAGCAGGUGUUAUUUUUCAGGAGAAGUAAUCCAUAUUUAUUUUCGGACCAACUUAUUGUUUAUUUUUUGGCCCAGUUUCUUUCACUAAUCAAGUGUGUUAUUUUGAGGAGCAGGUAAGUCCCCUAGGCCUGUGUGUUGUGGAGUAUGUGUGUGUUCAAAGUGUUUUGAUUAUGUUUGUCAUCACUAUUUUUUUUUUUUAAAACUUAUUUUUUCCCGGAUUGUUCUGCAAAGUAGUGCUGUUCUUGCCUGUAAUAGCUACUAAAGGACUAAAUUUGGUGUAGAAUCUAGUUUAGAUUUAUAACAUAAUUAUCAUUAUUUAUACUUAGGUGUUUGAUAUGUUUUUGAUGCUCUUAUUAUGUGUCUGUUUGGUUGGUUGACACCUUUUUUUUUUUUUUUGUUAAACUAUGUUUAUUUAUACCUUUUAAUUUGUGCUUUCCCUUUUUUUUCACAAUUUAUAAUUGGUCCCUAAUUGAAUCCAGAAACAAUGUCGUAUGCUCCUGUAGUAAGUUUACACCCUGAAAAUUUAAUUUGGAUUAAGGUUGUACAUUUGAUUUUUGAAUUUGUCUUAUUCUCAAUAUUAUUAUCUUUAUUUUAAGUUGGUGAUGUCGGUCUUUGUGGCUGCAGAAGCCCUCCCACCCCAACCCACGGAAGCACUCCCACCCCAACCGCCAGCCCGCCAACCACAACCGGCUACUCAUCAACCAAGGCAACGGAGGCGUGCUAGGCCACCAAUUUUCCGCACCCGUGUCCUACUUUUUGGGAUGCCAGAUGAUGUGGUUGUGCGUAGAUACAGGCUGCCACCACAUCUAAUCCUAGACACUCUCUCCAUAAUAGAGAGUGAUCUGGAGUCUUCAAUUCGGUAUCCUACAGCAAUACCACCAUUGACACAAUUCCUUGCUGUGUUACAUUUUGUGGCCACAGGGUCAUUCCAGCAUGUGGUUGGAGACCUGGUUGGCAUGUCGCAGGGCCAGUUCAGUAAGGUCCUGCGGCGUGUCAGCCAGGCUUUCCUAAAGCGUGUGAAGCAAUUUAUUGCUAUGCCUUUGGAUGCUGGUGCCCUAGAUGUGGUGAAGCGGCAAUUUGAGGAAGGUGGUAGUCGCUUCCCACAUGUUAUUGGGGUUGUGGAUGGCACACAUGUAGCUAUUGUGCCACCAAGACAUAAUGAAGAAAUUUAUAGAAACAGGAAACUGUUUCAUUCUCUGAAUGUAAUGGUUGUUUGUGGGCCAUCCCUCCAGAUCCUGUCCCUGAAUGCUAAGUUCCCUAGGAGCUCCCAUGACGCACAUGUUAUUAGACAAUCAGGGAUAUGGCAGAGAUUAAGAUCAAGUCAACGACAAGACAUGUGGUUAUUGGGAGACCGUGGAUAUCCUUGCACCCCCUGGCUCAUGACUCCUUACCGUAAUCCCAGGCCAGGACCACAGACGGCAUUUAACUCCGCGCUUACUGCCACUAGACAGCUGGUGGAGCGCACAAUUGGUGUGCUUAAAGGACAUUUUCGUGUGCUCCACCGCACUGGUGGCGAUAUCAUGUAUUCGCCGGAGAUGGCAAGUAAAAUAGUGGUCCUGUGCGCUAUACUUCAUAACAUUGCGGUAAGGAGUCGCGUUGAGCUUCCUGACACAGAGGAAUUGCCAGAUGAGGAGCCAGGGGUUGGCCGGAGAUUUGGUGGUGGGAGUGUUUCCCAGAGGGGAAGCCAAGUAAGGGCAAGCAUUGUCCAAGAAUAUUUCAGGUAUAGUGUAUUUUGUUCUGCUUUUGGAAAUUACUAAAAAACACUGUAUGCUUAUGGUCAUUUUGCUCACAUGUCAUUUAGGUUGUUAUUGUAAGGUCAUUGUGUAAUUGUUAGGGUGUGUUUGAAUAUAUUAUUAUGUUUUUGAUCAUUUAAAAUUAAAAAUGUUAAGCUUACAAUGUUUUUUCUGGGAAUAUAAUAAUGUGUCGUUGCUAAAAAAAAAUUUGUUUGUUUUUUAUAAUCCUGUUUUCUUUGUAAAAAACACCAACAUAUGUUACUAAAUGUUGAACAUUUUGUGACUGUGCAGCUGAUUUAUCACACCAAAUGUGGUGAGUACACUGUGUUUUGUGUUAAUUUUAUACAAAGUGUGUGUGUGUUGCUUUGGGUGUUUGUAUUGGGGGUUAUGUCAGAAUAGUAAUUUUUUUUUCAUGCUCUUCCGCGACUGCGUAUUUCCGCUCUAGCGAAAUAAUCACUCUGCUCUUCACAGCAUUGUAGACAUCAAUAAAGUUUAUUUCAAUGACAGCAUAGAUUUUACACCAAUCACAUGCCAACACACACUAUAAAUAUAUGCCCAAACAAGGAAAACGCCAUUGCCAUGAUGCGUGCUGCACCGUUCACACGGCGGGAACUCCGCCUGCUAGUGGCGGUGAUGGACCGACGCGUAGGCCGCAUUGGGCGUUUUAUCCCAAAUAGGGGUAAACGCGAGGCCUACGCGGAGGUCCGCCGCCUAUUACGGAGCCGCCUCCGCAGUCGCAGGACCAUCUUCCAGCUAGAGAGGCGCUGGAGCGACCUGCGGAGGCGCACGCCAGACCUCCUGGCGGAGCUCCGCCAACAGAUCCGGACCCUACGUGUCCGCAGUAAGUAACAUUUCGUGCACAGACGGGAUUAACGCAUAACCUUUGCAUACUGUCGUUAAGUGUGAGUGCCAAAAUUUGCACAGAGAAAAUUGGCAUGAGUGUGUGUAGGUAGGUUAUGCAGUGAUGCAUAACUCCCAAUAUGACCUUUUGCAAGAGGAACCGAAAACUCUGCUUAGGUAUUUGUAACUUAAUUGUUAAUCUCAAGAUUUCUCUGCACAAGUGAUGGCAAUCAUACAUUAAGAGUGAAGUGACGGAGCAGAACAUUCUGUCCCUCCUGGAGAGACUCAUGUUGGGAGGUAUGGUACUGACUGUAUGUUGUUGGCCAUAAUUAAUACACAGGCAGAAAACUUUAAAAAAUUACAGGCUCAGUGGUUUUUUUUUAAUUUAAAAAUGUGGGUCAAUUUUGACACUGGGGAUGUUGUUUAGAUUUAAAAAUGAGAAUAUAGUUUUAAAUGGAUAGACGGUAUUUUAUAUAGUUUACUUUUAAUCUGUUUAUUUGAUAAGGCCAACAUCAUCAUAAAAUAUAUAUUACUAACUUAGUCAUGUUAACCCUGUUUCUAUAACAUGGUACAGAACAGAGUAAUAGGAAUAUGCUGUGGUUCAUUUUUUAUUGUUUUUAAAAUAAUUUUACAUAUGUCAUUAUAGGGCGAGCACAACGGCAAGGUGCUGGUGCUGGGAGUCCACACCAGCAACAUUCCCCAUCCCCUUCCUGAUCACCCUCCCCCUCUCCGGCCCAAUCCCCCUCUCCAGCCCACACCCCCUCUCCUGCCCACACCCCCUCUCCUGCCCAAUCCCCCUCUCCUGCCACCUCACCCUCUCCAGCCACCUCAGCCUCUCCUGCCCAAUCCCCCUCUCCAGCCACCUCAGCCUCUCCAGCCACCUCAGCCUCUCCUGCCCAAUCCCCCUCUCCAGCCACCUCGGCCUCUCCAGCCACCUCAGCCUCUCCUGCCCAAUCCCCCUCUCCAGCCACCUCAGCCUCUCCAGCCACCUCAGCCUCUCCUGCCCAAUCCCCCUCUCCAGCCCAAGCCCACUCUCUUUCCCAAUCCCCCUCUUCAGUCCACACCCCCCCUCCAGCCCAAUCCCACACUUUUUCAAAAUUCCCCUCUCUGCCCCCCUCACCCUCUAUGUCCAUAAAAAUCACACCACCACCCUCACCCUAUAAUUCCUUAACCCACUCUGAAAGUACCUCCCCCUUACAUCCUGUCACACAAUUGGUCCCUCCUUCCCCCAUCCUGCCUCCUUCCCCCAUCCAGCACCCAUCCCCCAUCCAGCCAACCUCAUCUCUCCAGCCUCCAUCCCCCAGCCAGCACCUAUCCCCCAUCCAGCCUCCAUCCCCCAGCCAGCACCUAUCCCCCAUCCAGCCUCCAUCCCCCAGCCAGCCAACGACGCCUACAGAAUGGGCAGCAGAGGCCCCAGAGCCACUAGAGGGAGGUUGCCAAGUGUCAGAGGAUAAUGGUGCCAUUGGAGAUCCCACAAGCCUGGCAGGCAUCGUUGGGCGUUUGAGAAUGCAAUUGGAGGCCAUGUUGGCCGAAGUCAAUAAUUUGGCAAAUUUAAUUUAAGUUUAAAAAAAAAAAUGUUUUAAAAAAUGAAAAACAACAAAUUUUGAAAAAAUAAA